AUGUCUUAUCAUCAUAAUCAUAAUCAUAAUCUAUCUAUAAAUUCAAUGACUUCAAUUAUUGAACCAACAACUCCACCAAACAAUUUAUUAUCAAAUACUAAUAGUAAUACUAAUAGUAUUUCUAAUAGUUUUACUACAAAUUCUACUACUAAUAACACCACAAAUAAUAAAUUUCAACAACAAAAUCAACAACGUCCAAGAACUCCUCAAACUUCUUCAACUGGAACUAAUACUGCCACAAAUUCAAAUUCUACUUCUUCAACUAAUAAUACUUCAUAUAAUACUAAUCAUACCCAUAAUCGUAGUUUAUCUUUUUCAAAUGGGUUUUCAAAAUUUAAUAGUCAAAAUUUAAAUGGAAAAUCUUUAUUAUGGGAUACUUCAAAUAAAUUAAAUUCUAAUUUAAAUUUACCAAACUUUAAUAUUGAUACUACAAAUUCAAAUGGUGACAAUAAUAAUAAUGAAAUAUUUUCAACUCCUUUAAUCAUACCUCCUUCUUCAUUUACUACAAAUAACACGGAAGCUAAUGAAAAAAUUGUUACACAUAAUUUAACUAAUUCUCCUUCAUCUUCAACAAUUUCUUCAUUUCAAAAAUUAUCAUUAGAUUCAAAACCAUCAACUACAAAAGAAAAUUCAAAUCAACAAUCUAAUCAAUCAACUAUAUAUUCCAUUGAUAAUAAAGAAAAUUUUUUAAAAAAUUUAAAUAAUGGCUCAAAUUUGGGGAAUCAUGGUAUUGGUAGCGGUAACGUUAAUGGAAAUAGUAAUGGUAAUGGUGGUAACAUAAUAAAUUUUAUUGGAGAUGGAAAUUCAAAUUCAUCUGCUUCAACUCCAUCAACUACAAAUAAUUUAAAUUUUAAUGGUGGAAAUGGAGGCAAUGAUUAUUUCAAAAAUGGUCAUGGUGGCAGUGCAAAUGGUAAUGCAACAUCAACUACAACUUCAACAACUCCAAUAUUAAUACCAACAAAAAUUGAUAAGGAAUAUCUUUCAUCAAUAAAUAAAUUACCAUUAAUUCAAUUAAAAACAGAAAUUUUAAAAUUAUCAAAAGAUCAAUAUGGUUGUAGAUUUUUACAAAAAAAAAUUGAUGAAAAUUUAAUAACAAGUUAUCAAAUAAGAGUUAAUAAUUUUGAAAUAAUAUUUAAUGAAAUUUAUCCUUUCAUGUAUGAAUUAAUUAUUGAUCCAUUUGGUAAUUAUCUUAUACAAAAAAUGAUUCCAUAUUGUACUGAAUUAAAUUUAAAUUUAAUAUUAGAAAUUUUAUCAAAAAAUUUAUUUCAAAUUUCAAUAAAUCAACAUGGUACAAGAGCUUUACAAAAAAUUAUUGAUAAUUUAAAUAAUAAUUUACAAUUAAAUUUAUUAAUAAAAGGUUUAAAACCUUAUAUUGUUGAAUUAAUAAAAGAUCUUAAUGGUAAUCAUGUUAUUCAAAAAAUUUUAAAUAAAUAUAAACCAAUUGAUUGUCAAUUUAUUUAUGAAUCAAUAAUUGAAAGUUUAUAUAUAGUAGCAACUCAUAAACAUGGAUGUUGUGUAUUACAAAAAUGUUUGAAUCAUGUAACUCAAUCACAAUUAAUUGAAUUUUCAAAUUCAAUAUUAAAUUUUUCAAAUUUUUCAAAAUUAAUAAAUGAUCAAUUUGGAAAUUAUGUAUUACAAUAUCUUAUAUCAAUAAAUUCAAUUGAUAUAAAUUAUAAAAUUUUUAAAAAUUUUUUAAAAUUAGGAUUGAAGAAGUUAUGUAAUUCAAAAUUUAGUUCAAAUGUUGUUGAAAAAUUUUUAAAAAAUUGUUUUGGCAAUGAAAUUCAUUCAAUGGAUUUUCUGAAUUUAAAAUUUGAAUUAAUUUAUAAAAUUUUAAUUGAUGAUGAUUUAAAUUUAUUAAUUAAUGAUCCUUAUGGAAAUUAUGUUAUUCAAACAGUGAUUGAUAUUUUAAUUAAUUCACAAAUUAAUUAUUUAAAAAAUGAUUGUAAAAUUUCAUUAAUUUUACCAAAUGAUUUUAAUUUAGAUCAAUUAAAAAAUCAACAACAACUGCAGAGUUCUCAACAAAAUUAUUUAUUAAUUAUUAUAAUUAAAUAUUGGUUUCAAAAUUGUAAAAUUAUUUCAUCUUUUGGUAAAAGAAUUCAAUCAAAAAUUAAUAUAAUUUUAAAUAAUAAUGGUUCAUUAAAUUUUUCAUCAUCUUCUACCUCAUCUUCAUCAUCAUUACCACAAUCUUCAUCACUGAAUUCAUCAGCUUGUUCUUCUUCAUCAUCAUCAAUUGGACCACUUAAUAACAAAGUUAUUAAAAAAAGUAAUAGUCAAAUGAAUUCAAAUGGUGAAUUUAUUUCAUCAAAUGAUGUAGUAUAUAAACAACAUUUACAUAAUCAACAAUAUCAACCUAAUUUACAACAACAUUUACAAUCUUUAAAUUAUUUAAAUCAAUUUAAUCAAAAUAAUAAUACUGCCGGUUUAGAUUAUAAUAAUAAUUUUCCUAUAAAAAAUAAUUUAAAUUUAAAUAUUAGAACUAAUUCAUUACCUAAUAAUAUAUAUAAUUAUUCAAAUCAAUUGUCAAUGCAACAAUCAUCAUCAAAUAAUGGAAAUAAUAAUGUAAAUAAUGUCAAUUUUAUGAAUCCAAAUUUAUCAGGUACUUCAAUUCAUUCAAAUGGUUCAAAUACAAAUGAAGAACAUAAUAAUAAUAAUAAUGGAAGAACUUCAUCUUUUGGAAAUGGUGGAAUCCCACAACCACCAAAUGGUGUUGCUGCUGUCAAUAAUAAUAAUAUUUAUCCUUAUGUUAAUGGACCCUCUCCAAUGCAUCAUCCAUAUUUCCAACAACAUCCAUUACCACAUCCACAUCAACAACAACCUCCAAUGGGUUAUCAAACUCCUCCACCAAUUCCACCUCCUUCAUCUAAUCAACAAUGUCAUAAUCGUAAUUCAUCAGUAUCUUCAUUAAACUUACCUCAACAACAAAAUCAUAAUCAACAUUAUAUUUCAGUAAAUUCAACUCCUUCAUUUACUCCUAAUUCAAAUUAUUAUAAUACUCCACAACAACAAUAUCAAUCACAAUUAUCAACACAAUCAAUUAAUAAUGGAUUUGGAUAUUUAAAUGGAUUUAAAACAAAUAAUCAAAAUGGUAAAUUUGGAAGUGGAAAUGGAAAUAUUUAUCAUUCACAUAAUCCUUCUUGGUCAUCUACAACAACUACAAAUUCAUCAACUACAAAUACAAAUACAAAUGUAAAUAUAAAUCAAUCGAAUACAGCAGCAACAACUGCUACAACUGCUGCAUCAACAGCUAAUAAUACUACUCCAUUCAAUCAAAAUUGGUAA